AUGUCAAAUACUACUGGACCUGGCAUGCUACGGCUGGCACUUGAGCUGUCAUUCGCUCUCAAUGACCCACCCGGCAACGCAACUAAACAACAGAAAUCAAAUCCGUCCAGAAUAAGAAACACACCAAUAUCAGCAAUUGUACGUCAUCCUCAACCCAACACCCGCCCGCUGCGCAAACUCAACACUCGUCUUCGCGCUAUACCCCUGGGAGAUACUCAAGCGGUAUGCCAUGUUGGUCUUGCAAGCGAAGCUAUUAAUGACACGAUUCGUCGCGCCCGACUCAAACUUCACACUCCCGACCAUACUAAUCGGGGCGGGACAAUACGCCCAGGAGAUAUCGAUGCCCCGCGGCGAGCGGCUCAGCGGGCCAGCAACGGAAAACACCUCGACGGGUGCAAGGCCGACGGUGUUGACCGGUUCACCGGCGGGGAUGCUGUAGGAGAGUGUGCAGCCCCAGACGCCUUGGGGGACGCUGAAUUCGAUGAAGGUGUCUUGCUUCUUGGCGCCGUUGGCUUCUUGCGAGACUUUGAAGCCGGGGAGGUAGGACGCGACGGGUUGCGCGGCGUCGACGCGCGCGAAGGCUGGGUAGAUUGUGGUGCAGGCGGAGGGCGCUGGGACUGCUUGCACCAGGGUGGUGAGGGCGAGGGUGAAGAGGAGAGAGGUGAGCUUGAGGAAGUGCAUCUUGGCUUGGAUAUUGAUAUUGAUAUUGAUUGGGGGCAAGAUAUGGAUAACUGGAGAUUGCACACUCGAUCGAGCCAUUGCUGGGUUAUAUAG